UUCUCCCGCCCCCUCAUCUCCAAACCAGGAAGUCAGGAGCUAACUUGAUCUUCGGUGAAGGAGGCGGUGUCGCGGGCGGUGGAGAUGGGGACCGGCGGGCGGAGCGGGCUACGGUUCGGGAAGGGAAGCACGGAAAAAACAUCAAUGAACUACGCCUCCUCUGCAUCAAGCAGCUACAGGUGCAUCGAGUGUAACCAGGAGGCGACGGAACUAUACAGGGACUAUAAUCAUGGGGUGCUGAAGAUAACCAUCUGCAAAUCUUGCCAGAAGCCUGUGGACAAGUACAUCGAGUAUGAUCCUGUUAUCAUCUUGAUCAAUGCCAUUUUAUGCAAAGCGCAAGCCUACAGGCAUAUUCUUUUCAAUACUGAGAUAAAUAUCCAUGGGAAGCUCUGCAUAUUUUGUUUGCUUUGUGAAGCAUAUCUGAGGUGGUUGCAGCUACAAGAUUCAAGCCAGCACACUGACCCUGAUGACUUAAUAAGAUAUGCCAAAGAAUGGGAUUUCUAUAGAAUGUUUACAAUAGCUUCUUUAGAACAAAUGACUUUCUUUAUUGGGAUUUUUUCUGGUUUAUGGCUAAUCCAAACCACAACACUAAAAAGAAAGUCCAACUUCAUUUUGCUUCUGAAAGCACUACUAUUGUCCAGCUAUGGGAAACUCCUGCUGAUUCCAGCCGUCAUUUGGGAACAUGACUACACUCCUCUAUGCCUCAAACUUAUAAAAGUAUUUGUCCUUACAUCAAAUUCUCAGGCAAUCAGAGUGACUCUAAACAUCAGUCGCAAGCUUUCAUUGUUGGCCAUCCUAAGUGGAUUAAUAUUUGAAAGCAGUGUGGUCUGCUUCUUCCAAAAGAUGGGAUGGGAUGUAGAAAGUAAUUGUUCCAUCUAUAAAACUUAAAAUUUUUCUUGAAAAUAAAGAAGAAAAACUUCUAUAAUGUUGACUUUCAGGAAACUAUCUUAAAUGGUGACAUGAAUUCUUUUUUUCUGAAAAAUUCAUCCAAAAAAGGGACAUGCACUAGCAAAGUAAUUAGGAAUACAGUGGCACUUCUUUUGAAAUACUGGUUGUAUUUCAAUUUUUAAUUAAAUGGUUUCUUUGUGCUCA